AUGGCGGGAAUGGCCAAGUAUGACAGAAGACAAGUCGGCACCGUGGCAGAUCCGAGUGCGGCGUCUGCAAGCCUGGCACUGCUUGGGGGAGAUCUUCUACGAGGAGAGCCAGAUCCAGAGGGCACCAAGGCCCUGGAAGCUUCGGGCGAAUCUGCCAAGAACCUGACGGAAGGGGUCGGGAAGGCCGGGCGGAUGCGAUGGCUGCCAUGCUUCAAAGUGGCUGGCUGGUUUCGAAGCAUAGACCAGUAG